UCACAAGUCGAAUUUGCACGCGCGCGCGUUUUUUGUGCUACUGGGAUUGGUUUUGGGCGAUCCCAAGGACCGAAAAAGGAUCCGAAAGGAGCGAACGUGGCGUCCAACGAGGCCAACACCAGCGCCGCGGGCAGUGGCGCGGAGUCCGCCGCCCUGUUCUCGAAAUUGCGUAGCUUCUCCAUUGGCAGCGGGCCCAACUCGCCGCAGCGCGUCGUCUCCAAUUUGCGGGGAUUCCUCACCCAUCGCCUAAGUAACAUCACACCGAGCGACACAGGAUGGAAAGACUCGAUUCUGUCGAUUCCAAAGAAAUGGCUCUCCACGGCCGAGUCUGUCGACGAAUUUGGAUUCCCUGACACUCUACCCAAGGUGCCUGUUCCGGCGCUGGAUGAAACGAUGGCAGACUACAUUCGCGCCCUGGAGCCGAUCACUACGCCGGCGCAGCUGGAACGGACAAAAGAGUUGAUCAGGCAGUUCACGGCUCCCCAGGGUAUCGGCGUCCGGCUGCAUCAGUAUCUUCUGGACAAACGCGAGGCGGAGGACAAUUGGGCCUAUUACUACUGGCUCAACGAGAUGUAUAUGAACAUUCGCAUCCCCUUGCCGAUCAACUCAAAUCCGGGCAUGGUUUUCCCACCCCGUCGCUUUAAGACGGUCCACGACGUGGCACACUUUGCAGCCCGACUGCUGGACGGCAUCCUAAGCCACCGUGAGAUGCUGGACAGUGGGGAGUUGCCUCUAGAGCGGGCCGCCUCACGGGAGAAAAAUCAGCCGCUGUGCAUGGCGCAGUAUUACCGCCUGCUAGGCUCCUGUCGACGACCAGGUGUUGAGCAGGACUCCCAGUACCUGCCGUCGCGGGAGCGCCUCUUAGACGAAGAUCGCCAUGUGGUGGUGAUCUGCCGCAACCAAAUGUACUGCGUGGUUCUGCAGGCCAGUGAUCGUGGAAAAUUGUCCGAGAGUGAGAUCGCCUCACAGAUCCUUUAUGUUCUCAGCGAUGCUCCUUGUCUGCCUGCUAAGCCCGCUCCAGUGGGUCUGCUGACCGCCGAACCAAGAAGCCGCUGGGCACGUGACCGGGAAAUGUUGCAGCAAGACGAACGCAACCAACGGAAUUUGGAGCUUAUCGAGACCGCCCAGGUAGUGCUUUGCCUGGACGAACCGCUGGCUGGAAAUUUUAAUGCUCGCGGCUUUACCGGUGCCACUCCCACCGUUCAUAGGGCUGGGGACCGAGACGAGACGAACAUGGCCCACGAGAUGAUCCACGGCGGAGGCAGCGAGUAUAACUCGGGAAAUCGCUGGUUCGACAAAACCAUGCAGCUCAUUAUUUGCACCGAUGGAACUUGGGGCUUGUGCUAUGAGCACUCCUGCUCUGAGGGCAUAGCUGUGGUGCAGCUGCUUGAGAAGAUCUACAAGAACAUCGAGGAUCACCCAGCGGAAGAUAAUGGGCUGCCCCAACAUCAUCUGCCACCUCCGGAGCGUCUCGAGUGGCAUGUUGGUCAGCAACUACAAGUGCGCUUUGGCCAGGCCUCCCAGAGCGUGGAUAAAUGCAUCGAUGACCUGGAUUUUUACGUGUACCGCUACCAGAGCUACGGAAAAACCUUCAUCAAAUCGUGUCAAGUCAGUCCAGAUGUAUAUAUCCAGCUGGCCCUGCAACUGGCGCAUUACAAACUCUACGGGCACCUGGUGGCCACCUACGAGAGUGCAUCAACUCGUCGAUUUCUGCAUGGUCGAGUGGACUGCAUUAGGGCUGCUAGUACGGAGGCAUUGGAGUGGGCCAAGGCCAUGUGCCAGGGAGAGGGUGCUAAUGUUGCCCUGGAAAGCGAUCGCGAGGAGGAAGAGGAGUCACGCAAGGUCAAGUUUAGCAUUUACAGUAAGGAUCAUCUACGUGAGCUGUUCCGUUGUGCCGUAGCACGGCAAACGGAGGUAAUGGUGAAAAACAUCCUGGGCAAUGGCAUCGACAUUCCGCUGCUAGGACUUCGAGAGGCCAGCAUAGAGGUCACCGGAGAGAUGCACGAGCUUUUCAAAGACGAAUCCUACAACAUAUCACAGUGUUUCCUUCUCUCCACCAGUCAGGUGGCCUGCAGCACGGACAGCUUCAUGGGAUACGGACCCGUUACGCCACGUGGUUAUGGCUGCUCCUACAAUCCACAUCCUGAGCAGAUCGUCUUCUGCGUCUCGGCCUUUUACUCCUGCGAGGACACGAGUGCCUCGCGCUACGCCAAGUCUCUGCAGGAUUCUUUAGACAUAAUGCGAGAUCUACUACAAAAUUAGGCGGAUUAGCCACAGAUCUGACCUACAACAAAAGAAAGGGGGUCCACCAACAAAAACAUAUCAGUAAAUGUACCUUUAGCAGGUUAGCGAACGAAACUAAGUAAGUGUAACUAGCGACCGCCCGAGCGUUUCAUUUGUGACCAAGCACCACCAAGCGAGCCACCCAACGAGGGGUGGAGAUCUGAAGAUAAUGAGAAGGGAUAACGAUAACGAAAUCGAAAUCGAAAUCGAAUACUAAUGUCAAUCACUAAUCAUGUUGAGACAAAAAAGAAAAGAACAACCUAUACGCAACCCAUUCGCUUUACAUAUCCGUUUACCAAAGUAUCCUCGUAGUUUCAAUUAGAGCAACUCUAGUCAAUUAAAUGUUUUAGAGCCAUUUUAUGCGCAAAACUGUUAGUGCUGUUAUCUAAGUGUGUUACUUGUGCAAUAUUAAUUAUGAGUGUUAUACUAAUUCACGUGCUAACUAAAUUAUCUGAGCUUACGAACUUGUUUACCCUUAUUGGCCGAAAAAAUAUGGCGUGCAAGCCCAUAAGUAUGCAAUACUUUUUGUUACAAGAGUUGUGUUUUAAAUACGUUCUAUAGGUGUUACAACAGAUACUAGCUAAACGUUAUACUAAAAGUACUCUCUACGCUUGUUACUGCAAUUUCGUUGUUGUUCGUUUCAGAAUUUAUUAAAAAAUUAUAAGGUGUAUGUUGAGAUAUUUCCAUAUAUAUAUAUUCGUGUUUUAGAGAGCAAAUGGUAUACCGUAACUAAAGGCUUUUUGGAUGAAUAUAUAUAUGUAUAUGUAAAACCCAUGAAAAUAUAAAGAAACAAAAAAUGUAGAGGAAUAUAUAUAGAGAAUAUCGUGUAUGCGUAUAGACUUGAGACGUAACAAUACAUAUCAAUAAAUUUAUAUACACCCCCGGAAGGCAAGGAAUGGUGAUUGAGGGAGAUUACAGCUAUAGAUAUAUAACCUACAUGUGUUUGUCUGUUCAAGCCGUUAGUGAAAUAUAAAUGCUUCGAUGUCAAUUCGAAGCUAUAAAUAUUCUACAAAAAAAUAUAUACAUAAAUAUUAUACGUAUGUUAUUUACAAGAGAAAUUAUAUGAGAAACGUUAAAGGACAACCAGAUACAUAUAUCAAACUAGUUGCUGUGUUCAUUGUUGCUAUAUAUGUAUGAUUAUCUUCUAAACUGUUAACAAAACUAUCGCUACAAACUACCCAACUAUCUAUCUAUCCUGUAUUCGAUCUGUGUACUAUUACGUUACCUUACUGUUACUUUCGUUAAGUUUGACUUGUUUCCAUAUGGCCAAGAGCCGCAAUUAAUGUAUGCAAAAAUAAUCACGAACCGAAUAAAAUGAAAUAAAUGCAUUACAAA